ACAGAACCUCGUCCAUCUUCAUACAAGUAGGGUCCCAGUCGUGUCCAAACCGAAUGACGACCACGCGGUCUUCUUCCGAGAGGAUGGCCUGAUCCACUUGCCAGCCAUUGUGCAGCAGAGGCCCCAAAUUGAAGAUUAAAUGAUUGAAAAUGGCAUAUUCCAAAUAAAGAAGGCAGACCAGCUUUUUCCAGAUUUUGCAGAGGAGGCCACAGGCGAUCAGGACCUACCUGGAGUUUUGGUGUCUGGACUUGAAGGACAGUGUGGCAUAUGUGAAGAUCAUGCUGGAGACCUGCAGAAACGCUUUAAUCUCAUUACCAUGCAAGAAUUUUUGGAAAAUAAAACACAGCUGGGUCCAAAGACCCGAGCCGUGUACGUCUGGGGCGGAAGGCCGGCCAUUAGCCAGGAGCUGCGCACCCCGCCCUGCUUGAAGAUCGUCGCUGGCGUAGGGGCGGGGCCGGACCACCUGGACCCGGGACUCGUUGCCAGCUCUGGUGUGAAGGCGGCCAACACGCCACACGCCGUUUCCAACCCCACGGCAGACCUGGGGAUGGCCUUGCUGCUGGCCACAGCUCGGAGAGUCGUGGAAGGUCAUCAUUUGGCCAUUUCGCCACAUACGGAGAACUUUUCUACAAACUGGGUGGGUUAAGAAGUGACAGGGACCACUCUGGGAAUUAUCAGCGUGGGGAGCAUUGGCUGUAAGAUCGCUCAGAGGGCCAGAGCAUUUGAAAUGGAGAUUCUCUACCGCAGUAGGAAACGCAGAAAAUCGGAGGAGGAGGAAGCCAUUGGGGCCACUUGCUGUGAGAGGCUGGAUGACCUGCUUCAGCGAUCGGACUUUGUGAUGUUGGCUGUGAGCCUGACGCCCCAGGCCCGGGGCCUGAUCGGGAAGCGCGAGCUGAGUGCGAUGGAGCGCACUGCUACUCUCAACAUCGGCAGCGGUCUGUUAGUUGAUCAAGACGCCCUGGUGGAAGCCCUUCAGACCGGGGUCAUUAAAGCAGCAGCACUGGAUGUGACGUACCCAGAACCCCUGCCAGACCAUCCUUUGUUGGAGUUGAAGAACGUCACUCUGACACCUCACACUGGAAGUGCAACUCAUCAGGCAAGACGACAGACAAUGGAAACUUUGGUUGAAAGCAUCCUGGCUUCUCUCAAUGGCCUUCCUAUUGCUAAUGAAGUGCUAUUUAAAUGAUUUAUGUGGGCUGAGAAUUCCAUGGGAUGAAAACAUGGCAGAUUAAAUGGAC